AGCUUCUCAUUCUCAACGCCGACAAUUCGCAAUGGCAGACCAGUUUGGCAACAAGGGCUUUGAGUCUUGGGUAAAGAACUGCCUGGGCAGUGCAAAACCGGAAAUCCUCCAGAAUGUCUUGGCAGUGCUGGACAAGGAGUGCUUUGAAAGUCCAGCAGAUCUGGCGGAAUUCGGAGAUCGUCCUGCAGAGCUCGCCAAACUUGGAAUCCCUGCGCGAUAUGCCAGUGCCCUGCUCCAGAAAGCGACGAUUAAGGCUGCAGAUGCGGCGGAAGUGCUCACAGUGACAAGUGAGACUCAAAGUUCCAGCGGAGACUCCGUCAGUGUCCAACGCUCAGAAGCUUUGAGCGCAGAGAACUCUGUUUCAGACUUGGCCGACGUGGAGCCUGUGGAAGUUCCGCAGGAACCAACAGAGAAGGCCGAGGAGACAAGUUUUGAGGUCUUGGGCGCGCAGAAGCCAAGUUCGGACAUCGCUAUUCAACAAUCUGCAGAAGUUCUGCGGGAAGGAGCAGAGAAGGCUGAGAAGCAAACUUCAGAGGUCUUGGGCGCAAAGCAGUCAAGUUCGGGGACCGCUAUUCCACAGUCUGCGGAGUUUCUGCACGAAGGAGAAGAGAAGGCUAUCCCACAACCUGCAGAAGUUCUGCAGCCACAUGCAGCAGUGGUUGAUGAUGCCGGUCCAAGUACUGAAUCUCGCUCACCAGAUCAAUUCUCUGAAAGUUCGGAGACGACGCAGUCAUGGUGUGUUGUGGAAGCUGACACGCUCGAUUUGGCAAAGGUUGGAGAUUAUGUGAAACACUCCAACAAGAUCCUCCUGCAGCUUAGUCAGAAGGAGGUCCUAUGUUUUCUUGGAAGCACUGGAGUUGGGAAAACCACUUAUCUCCACCACAUUGCCAAGAAGCGCUUGGUGGCGGUGUACAAGAACGGCCAGAUGUCAUAUGAAGUGGCCACGGACCAGGACUUGACAGACUUGGAGGGUAUUGAAAUUGGUCAUGGAAAAGAAUCUGGAACAACAAGGCUUUCUCCAUGGACCAAUACUGACACUGGUGCCGUGUACAUGGAUUGCGCGGGUUACCUUGACACUCGUGGACCUGAACUAGACAUCGCUACAUCUCUCUCCAUGCGGAAACUGGCAGAGACUUGCAAAUCUCUCCGUUUCAUCGUUGUCAUUGGCUGUGACCUGUUGGUGGGCACCAGCAACAGAGGUCAAAGCUUCAGACAGCUUUGCACGGUUAUUUGCCAGUGUGUGAAGGAUUUCAUCAAGUACUCCGGUGCUUUCUCGUUCGUGUUCAGCCACGUGGACAUGUUGCAGUGCUGGGAGCAGUGCCGAAGUAAUCCAGAUGUGGAUGCAAACAUCAAGCGAUGCACCGCAGAGAUCCGUGAACAUUUGAAGGAUAUUCUCAAAGGAACCCUCAAGAUGCCAGCAUUUUUUGAGGUUCGCAGCUUGCUUUCUUUGCUGAUCAAUGAAAUGAAGUCGCCCGAGAAGGCGAAAAAAAAGUCUUUCAUGGUCUUUCAUCCCAACUGGUGCACCGCCCAAGAGUGCCGAGAUUGCUUAGAGGUCUUUGACAAAAACCGCUGCUUGACGAUGCCCAAAGCCGCCGUCCAAUACGUCCUCACACCAGAGCAGGACAGCAAGCUGCGGCGCCAGUUGCAGCAGAGCAAGUUGCACUUCGCAAGCUUGAUCAAUGAAGGCAACUGGAAGAGCGUAGAGGAGCAUUGGAAUGCUGUGCACAACCUGGCCCAUUUGAUCCAGCUGCCAGAGCUUCAGUCCAGCUUGGAAGAAUCCCGUCUCCAGCUUGAAAGAUAUGACCGUGAUCUCUCGCAGCGGGCAACCGAGUUGGUGGAGUUUGGGGGAGACAGCCAUGGGACCUUCACAGCGAAGGAAGCGCAGGUGGCUCUGAAGUGCUUUGAGACCUUGGGCUUCCUGGGUGGUCUCUUGCACAGCGACAGCAACGUCCAAGAGCGGUGGAAGAAGACGGUCAUUGACAAACUUCGCGUGCUGAAAGAACAGGUGUUGGCGGCCGUGUCGACCCAGGGCAAAGGUGACAUCCUCACGAAACCAGCCUUGGCAGUGGCUGACAUGCAGCUUCAGCUGUUGCGAUUGAAAGCUUGGAGUGAUGCAGACCAAGUGACCUUUUCCUGUGAGUUUGAUGGAGCGAGGAUGGCAGUAAAUGAGCUCUUUCAGCAGAUGGUUGCUCUGUCCACCACCCAAUCGGCUUUUGGUCUUCAGGACUUGCCCGCCAAGUGCAAAACUGCACUUCACUUGAAGCACGUCGCUUCUGAGGCGAAUCCGUCACUUUGGGAUGGAGAAGUCAUUGACAUGGAGGGUGCAGCUCAAGAGGCUGUGUGGCAGGCCCACCAAUUACUGGAGAAAUCAAAGGCCGAGAGCAUAGAGUUGGUCACUAGUUUCUUGACGGCCAAAGAUCCGACGAAUCUUCCACUUCUAGGGAGCAUCGGAGUGGCAUUUGAGAGCUUGAUGUCUGCUGAAGCGGAACUGCAGCAUUCGCCUGAUCAGUCCUUGUCGAAGUGCCUAUCGACAGUCAUCAGUGAAGUCAUGGAGGCGUCUAGGCCUCAACAUUUGACAGAUGAAGUGGAUAAGCUGGUCCGCGAGAAGCGAUUUGACCACCUGGAGGCUCCUUUGAAAUGUCUGGAAGCAUUUCGCCAAGUUUUGCCACCAGAAGCUGCUGAGAAAUCCGGCGUGGCACAUGCCUCCGCGGAAUCCAUGCGACGGGUGCUUGUGGCAGCUGAGCAUUUGGGCAACGAACUCGAUGAUUUCUUCGGGGAUCUUUCUGCCGGCAAAGAGGCAUACCUUGAGAAACCACUGGAUUUACUAGCUGCUUUCAAGGCUGCUUUAUGGUUGGACCAACUUUGUGAGGACUCGUGCUUCAUUGAGGAGAGUGUGUCGAAAUGGCAAAAUCAGCUGGGAGAAGCAUUGAGGUCAAGCCUGCAGAAGCAUCUGCUGGCCAUUGAGUCCUACCUCCGGGAUCCGCGCAACCCGAGCAACCUAACAUGCCUGGAUGACGUAAAUGCGGUACAGCGCCUGCAAGACCUCUUGCGCGUCAGCCAGUCGUUUGACGACUUACUGGAUGCCGAAGUUGAGUUCAAUGGGAAGGUGGCCACGGUGCUUGAAUUUUGGAUGGAAACCGAUUGUAGUGAAAUUCUGGCACCGAACAAGGAUUUCAACUUUGCUGAAAUGCCCGCAGUAGCAAUCCACACAGCAUGCAAGGUCUACGCAGCACUUGCUGUGUAUCCCAAGAGUGGUGAAACGCUAUCUCAAGUGCUGGAAGGUUCCAAAGAGAUUUUGCGACAAGCACGUCAUGCAGCAGAUGAAAUCCUGGAACGCGGAACAUACCAAGAGAAGGAUCGACUGCUUGCUUCUGUGCAAAGGUUAACCGAGCAAAAUCUGACCUACGUCUUGGCAGAGCUCAAGCCGAUCAAGGAAAUGCGCUCAAUCAUUUGUACGCAAGCUUCUCAGCUGUUGCAUGAAAUUCGCCAAAAGCUGGAAGUGUCCCUUGAUGAUGCCGAGCGUGCUUUGUCACAAAUAUCGCCGGUGACUCACUUGUCUGACUUGGUGUGGGAGCAAGUUGGAGCCGAGAUCAAGAUGCUGCAGACUUCAAUUGACUUGCGCAAUCAAGAUGUGGGAACAGAGAUGGAGCAAGCCAUGACAGAAUUUGAUUUCAAAACUGUCAGGAAGUAUUUGGAGCCUCAGGAUCCCAGCAGCACAUUCCAAGUUCAAAGGUGCGAAGGGCGCUGCAAGAGUGUCAGGGUGGCUGUGUCAAGCAUGAUUUCUUCUGGCAAAUAUGAUCUUCCAUCGAAGCCAUCCAAGUUUGCACAGAAGUUCUUCAAGCUUCAAUGUGCCAUGGAUGACAUAGGCGAUUUGAUGGAUGAUGCGCGGCAGGAGUUGGAAAGUCUUGAGAGCUAUGCCAACGAAGUCUUCCAACAGCAGUGCCAUGAACAUGGGCGCGCGGUCAAGGACUUUCGCACCGCAGACAUGUUUCGGACACGUUCCGCCCUCGAGGCUUUUUACAUGUCUGUGCGUGAUCCUAUCAACAUCUUGUCUCCAGAAAGUAAGCAAGCCUAUCAAAGUGCAUGCAGCAGCUGUGACGACAUGGUAGAAUCUGUGCGGAAGAGUUGCAAAGAACUAGGCGAUGCCUUGUGUGCGCUGGCAUCGGGCAAUGGAGAAAGUGUUGCAAGUGAUGCGAAGGACAAACUACGAGAAGUUCUCAGGUUUCUGGACCACGUCCAAGUGUCCAAUGGCACAGGAAGCAUCAGUAGCGACUUGUACGCUGAGCUGACCAGCAGACUCAGAGAUCACUUCGAGGACUUUCACACCAAAAUGGAAUCACCAUCGGAGGGUCAGAUGAAGUAUCCACUAGCGAUUGAAGCUUACGACUUUCUCAACAGCAUGCUUCAGAACGGGCUUGAGGCGCAUGUUGCGCUGAGCUUUGAUGUUGAUGGGUGCUGCAAACGCCUGAAAGAAGAAAAGAAGAAGCAGGACCAAAGAUUUCUCCAGUACUUGCUCAAUGAAGAGAUGAUUGACGAAAUCAAGCGUGAGCUGAAACAGCUUCGCUCAUGGCGCUUUGACUACUAUACGCAGUCCUGGAUGCAAUCGGCCGGCCCCUUGUAUCGUUUUCGAGUGGCAGAGAUGCGCAGAGAAGUUCAGGCAUGUGUGGAGGUUAUCGAGAGGGAACUGAAAUCUGCCAACUACUUCUCCGUAGGAGCACAUCUUGAGGCAAUCACUCGGAUUCGGAAUCGCUUGUGGGAUCACUUGCCUGCUAAGAGUGUUGAGUCCGUGGCGCACGCCACGAAAUUGGUCAAGGCCGCCUUUGAUAAGAUUGUCCAAGAGACCAUCGAUGCCACAGCGAACCAGGACAGUGAUCGCAUCGACAGGUUUUGCCGGCGAUUCGUGACAGCGGUCCACUACCUGGGGAAGCAGCUUUGGAAGGACUACAACACGAGUGAGCAAGAAAAGCUACGUGAGCAGUGUGAGCAGGUCCAUAGGGUACUCCUGAGCUUUGCGGACAGCAAGUGGCAGGAAUUUCGAGACAGCUUGAACCGACUGGAAGUUCGGAAGGCGUUGAAUUCAUCCAUUGAACUCCGCAACUUGGCUGAGCUCUUCUCUUCCAGCUUGGCGAUGCAUUUGGAGGACUUGAAGGGCGAGAAGGGCUUGGUAAAGUCCAUGGAUCUGUUGAGACAGAAGAUGAGCAUGCUCUGUUGCGGACUUCCGCUCCAUGAAGCUGGGAUCCACUGUGCUGUUUUGGAAGUGAAAGCUUCCUCUGGCUCUGAUUUGAGGACCGUGUCGCACGCAUACCAACUUCUGGUGGAUCGACAUCAUCCCGACCAGGCAGGAAGGACCGCGGCAAUGGGGGAAAUCGAGAGAGCCAACCAGGAGCUGGUGAAAAAGGAUAAUUUUUCCAAAUACAAAGCGGAUCUGGCUGGGCUCUACCAGGCUGAUUUGAGGGCAUUGCCAGAGACUUUGAAAAAUGAAGCCAUGGAAGCCUUACAUGAUGGUGACUUUGAAAGAGUGAAGGGCUUCUUGGAAGUCGUCCCAGAGCUCUCUCUGCUACCCUGCGGUGAAGAUGUGAGCAUCCGGACAACCGUCCAUGAACGAAUUCGAAGCAAGUUCAGCCAUUGCUUGACCUCGGCAGAAGAUUCAUGGGAGAAGCAGGAUUUGCGCAGAUUGGACAUGCAAUUAAAGAUGAUCAAGAGCAUGAGUGAUUCUCUAAGUGGCUGUGAGGAUUUGCUUCCAAGUGGUUGGAGGGAAGACUUUGAGUCAAAACUGAGAACGAAAGUGAACCAGCACGACCGGGCUGCGAGGGACUUCUUGAAGGGCAGCACAGAUGAAUGGGAUUCAAACAUUAAGGAGUUUGGCAGGGAGUUGGUCCUUCUUGCCCGCAUCUAUGAAUACUUGCCAGAAUUUGCAAGAGUGGCAAGCUCAGUUCGUGCGAAGAUUGACCUAUUGCUGGAUCGUUGCCAAGGAUCAUCUGAGGGUGUGCUUUUCCUCUUCAAGUUGGGCAUGCUUCUGGAGCAAGGGCAGUGCGGAGACAUCAUUGAUGGUGCAGUGAACAUUGAAGAUCAGCGUAUAGCUAAGCAGAUCGUGAUGGACUAUAGGCAGUUCAGCGAAGUGCGAACUGUGGUCUGGAAUCAACAGACUGCUGGGAUGGCUCAGAAGGACGUAAGCGAGAUAAUUUCAGAGUUCAAGGUGCAGCCAGACGAAGCAAGUGCUUCCUUUGUUCCUGGCAAUUUGAGGCGUGGCUACGAUCUCUACAAAGAAGCAUACCAAGCUCACUUGGAUGCAUGGCAAGAAGCAGGCAUGGACGACGAAGCGUUUCUUUCCUCACUUGCAGAGGAAGCGAUCCAGUCUGCAGCUAGUGUGGCACCUGCUUCUUCGGAGCACUGGGACCAGCAAUGCAAGGACCAGCUGCCCCAGAUCUUGGCUUCGGUUUCAGCUUACUUCACUAUCUCCAAGUCGGGCAAAGCUUUCAAAGAGCUUGCCAGAGCAGGAGAAGAUGAGGAAAGACUCGCGGAUCCAAACCAGUUGCUGAAGCAGCCCCACGUAGUCCAGACUUUGGCAUGCCUUCGGAUGCUGGGAUAUGAUUUCAGCCGAGAUGCUCUCAACAGCCAUUUAUUGCAAGUGCGGACAGGCGAAGGAAAGUCGGUGAUCCAAGGAACUUGUGCCGUUGUUUUUGCCCUUCUUGGCUUCAAAAUCCAUGGCAUUUGCUACUCAGACUACCUCACAACCAGAGACUAUGCGGACUUCUUUAAGCUGUUCCAGGCCUUCAAGGUGCAGAACCGAAUUGAGUACAGCACCAUCACCAGCUUCAGUGAGAAGAAGGCUCUUGCCAAGGGCAAUUUGCGAAAGUUCACUGAAGACUUGCUGUUGGGUUCCUCCAUGGUUUCAGAGGCAGCUGCUGAUGCUAUGGCCGGUGCCGUUCCCGUGGAAGGAAUGCCAGCUCCGUUGAAUGGUGAAGACCUUCUGCUCGUGGACGAAGUUGAUGUCUUCUUUGGUCCCAGCUUUUAUGGCCACACAUACAACCAGGUAGCAGAACUUCGUUUGCCAGAAGCCCGAGGCAUCCUCACCAAGAUCUGGAGUUGGAGGACAUGCAGCCAGCAAGAGCUGCUUGAAAAGGUGACAGCCAGCGAUGAGUACACCGCUCUGUCCAACAAACUGCCAGGUUGGGAGUUCCUGGUGAAGCGAGAGGUUGAAUCAAUGUGCGCAGCUGUGAUGAACUUGGACAAAUGUGAACUGGAGCCCCAUUACAGCCGCGAGAAGAACAGAAUCGGCUACAAAAUCUUUGAUUCAGUGGAUUUUGACGUGUCCUAUGGUUACACAACAUCAUUCCAGUAUCUAGAGCUGGAAGAACAGGGGAAGCUCCUCCAUGAUGAAGAGGCAUUGUCUGCAAACCUUUCACUUCGCGUACCCUGCGGAAGGCUGUCAUAUGCGGAGCUGGGUCAAGAGACGGGCAAGAAGACAAAGAUCAUAGGUGUUUCUGGUACCCUCUCAGAGCUCCAGCAGCCCGAACGGCAGAUUCUGCAGGGCUAUGGGCUUACUUCAUGCAGCCUGAUGCCUUCCGUCUAUGGGGCUGCCAAUUUCACAGAGGAGCACUUUGUGGCAGUCAGCGAUGCGGAUCAUCAUGUGACCAUUGCCAGGGAGAUCGGCAAGAAACUUGAGCGAGACAGGGCCGUGAUUGUUUUCUUUGCAGAUUCCAAGAAGCUCAAAGAUUUUGAGAGAUUGCAUUGCAGGAAGUUUGCAAAGACGCAGUGCCUCUUAGAGACCCAAACUCACAGCGAGAAGCAAGAUGUGAUCAAAAGAGCCACCACCGCAGGUCAGGUCACUUUGACAACGGCCGUGUUCGCACGAGGCACUGACUUCUUUUGCAACGACCGAAAGGUCAUCCACAAUGGUGGGGUCCAUGUGAUUCAGACCUUCCUGUCGCUGGACAUUUGCGAAGAAGUGCAGACCAAAGGCCGCACCUCUCGCCAAGGGCAGGAUGGCAGCUACCAGCUGAUACUCAACACCGAGGACUUGAAAACAAUGGGCAUCAAAAACGAGAUCCGGAUGCCUGACGGUGACCGCAGUAAACUCAACCAGGAACGUGAUCGGGUCAGAGACCUUGCAAGGGAGAAAACCGCCAAGCAACUGAAGGCAGCCACAGAAGUCGACAAGUUGACCCACAAGUACUUUGAUGCAGUGCUGGCCGGAUGCAGCUCGGCCACUGCGUCUUUGAAGGAGCUCUAUGAGUUCAUGAAGAAGCGGACACCAGGCUUGUCUUGGAUGGGGCCAUGGGAUGACGAAAAAUAAGCGCGGCUUUGCGAGGUCAAAGCAGAAGGCAACAUGCUCGGCUGGUGUGCCUGUCAGAUGCAACAGGAUCCAUGAGAUCCCUGUGGAACAACGCGCAGAGCACUAUCAAUGUGAUGAUUCGGCGCAUCAAAGAAAUCGGUGGAAACAACUUCGACCUUUUAUGGGUGGCAUACCGUGACUACAGUGAAAGGGACAACAUGUUUGAGUUGUCUGGAUGGACUUCAGAUGCCCAGAAGUUGCAGAAUUUCGUGAACGGAAUUCGUUGCCAUGGUGGCGGUGACUGCGAGGAAGCUGUUGAGCAGGCAUUGCUGCUGGCGCGCAACGAACAUCGUCGCAAGAGCAUCUCUCGCGUGAUCCUCAUUGGAGAUGCACCUCCCCACUUUGAGAAGAAAGGCCAGCAGCUUUCAAGCCACCGAGGGGUGGUCUUGGAGACGGACUACCAGACGGAAGCGCAGGAACUGAAGAGCCUCGGGGUGCCCGUGCAUACCUUCAGGGUCGGAAGCCACAAUGGCACCAAAGAGACUUUCCAGCUGAUCGCGCAUGAAACAGGUGGACAAUUUUCAGACCUGAGUCCUGAUAGCUUGAUACAUGCCGUGUGCACAAGUGUCUUGAUGGACAUUGGUGGCGAAGAGCUUGUCAUGGAGUACAGGGAACGCUUCCAAUGAUUUAGCUGUCAGCAUGAAACUGUGAAACUUGAUGAAACUUGUAUAGAUAUGUAUAGAUUUUGUAGUCGUGGCUCGUCCUGCGCAAACUGCGCAAGCGGCUUGGUGAGACUCCACUCUUCACAAGGGCCAAUACAUUUUCGGAUUGUGGGUUAACAUGUUCAUCAUUGCAUUUUUCUAAGCAUGUCAGUCAUGGCCUUUGAUGUACAGUCUGAUGGUUUGUCAGCUGCUUAAGCUGCCAAGCGAGACUCCGCACACCACGGAGGAGUUGCCGUGUGGCGGUGUGACCGAUCA